AUGUGGUUGCUGAGCAUAACACAGCUGAUGACUCUAGGCUUAUUGCUAGGUGCCAACCAGGUUUUGGGGGCAGCAGUCAGUGGAGUGGCGGCUAUUGGUACAACACUGAGCAUGGGCAACGCCUUGCCAUUUGGGCCGACUAUAGCCCCGACCUGGUCUAAUCCCACUUAUGUAGACCAAGAUUCGGUAGCCUUGCCAAUGUCGAUUAAGACGCCGAAAGAUACCGCGCCGGCUGGAAUAAAAUAUGACUUGAGUGUGGGUGUUCAAUUUGGCGAUACCACUAGAGUCGUAUCCAAUGCUCCGUCUCUGGCCUCGGCUAUUGAAGCAGCGCCGCUCUUGGAGAUAUCCAAGCGCUCAAUAAGCACCAAGAGAAACAUCGCUAAAGAUGCGGCCAUAGCUCAACGCAAUGGCUAUCUUAAGGACAUCCUGGGCUUUCUGUUUGCUAAUCCACGUAAAGCACGAAUAAGCGCAGCUUCUCGUCCACUUUUUCUAAUGGGCAGCCUGGCCGGCACAGAUCAUUUUGAGCAACUGCACCUUAUUUGGGGCAUUUCCCAGAUUCCGCCCACCACGACUCAAUAUACUCCUGGCGCUCUAUUUAGUGGCAUAUCCCAGUGCAUUAAUGCUCGAUCUGAUAUGCGACAUGUCUUUAGCGAAGUAGAAAAGUCUAUCUCGAAGUUUGUGUUUAUCAAAGAACAGCUUAUCUACUAUAUUAAGAGAUCAAAUGACCCGGAUGCUCAAAUUGCAACAGAACGACCUAACUUAGUGCUAAUGAGACUAUUGGAUGAAUACGCAAUCCUGAUCUCCCAUGGCUUUCAGCAGACUUAUGAGUCUAUCUGGUCCGUUAGUUGUUUGGAAUCCUGCCAUAAUGCACAACCGAGUAGACACAGCCCGGUAGUGUGGCUUGAUACUGCAUUCCAAGACUUCAUCCAGAAAUAUAUGUCAAUUACUGUAAUUGACUGGUCUUUUUGGAAGCAACUACGUAAUGAUAUACUAGCCAACGGCAAGCUUCUCAGAGCAGCCCUUAAUUCUAUCAAUAACACUAUUUCUUUCGUUCAAACUCUAAGUGCUCGGGCAGAUGUACUAGAUAACACCGCAGCCACUGAAACUCGUUCUAGGUUAAUCUACAUAUCUGACAAAUAUAAUGCUAAGUUGCUCUUCCUUCGGGGCGUCCUCGAGUACUUCCUCAAUGUCGAUUCCAACUCUCCCUAUGACCCAAGCGAAGUCAAAAUGCUAAUCACCAUUUUCCGCAACGUUCUAAGCAAGAAAGACUCGAAAGUGACUGACGAAUUAGAUGAGAUUAUUCAUAUAGCCUAUCUACAUCAUCAGAAUCAGCUGGCCUUGCUAACCCAAAAACUCUUUAAUCAACCAAACCAGACCUCAGAGUACAGAGAAUGGUGUACUCCCGUUAUCAACGAUAUCAGCCAUCAACUGAAAAGCUUACACAAGAUUAGAAGACAUAUCAAAAAAACCUAUCAAAAGCUUCAUCACAAAGUCAUUAAGCAGAUCAAAACUGAGAUCCUGAAACUCGAUUUUAGUUCCUUGAAGCUACUUCAUGCCAGAAUCACCCGACCAGCUCCAACUCCAUCCAACUAA